AUGAAUCCUCCAGAACCAAACUCAAUCAGUAGCACAUGUAGCAGAGGAGGCACGGUCAAACAAUUGUAUUAUUACUCUGAUUAUCCUGAUGUACUGAUUCCAGAGGAUGUAUCAUUGACACAAUACAUAAUGCCAUAUCUGGAGAGACAUGGUGAUCGUGUCCUCCUCGUCGACGGUCUCACUUCCCAAGAGUACACAGCAUGUGAUGUCAAAUCAGCAAUUGAAAAGUUCGCUAGCGCUUUAUCGAAGCUUGGAUUCCAGAAAGGCGAUGUUGUGGCAUUCAUCCUGCCAAACAGCCCACAAUACGUCAUGGCAUUCCAUGGCGCAUUGUUGGUGGGCUGUGUUCCAACGGCUGUUUCCAUUGAUUUCCAACUUCCAGAGAUAUUAAAGACGAUUGGAACGGUGUCGCCAAAGGGUCUAGUAACAAUUGCCACCAACGACAAGAUUGCCGACAUUCAGCGCGACAUCCCAUCGAUACAGCACACGAUCGUCAUUGGCGACGUGGAUGUGCCACCACCCAACACGCUGUCCUACAGCAAGUUGUUGGCCACGUCCACGGGCGAGUACCCAAGAGUGACGGUCAAUGGACGCGAUGAAGUGGCAUUCUUGCCAUUCUCCAGCGGCACCACUGGAAUGCCCAAGGGCGUGGAGCUCACACACUGCAACCUCAUUGCCAACGUGGUGCAGAUCCAAUCGAUCGAGUGCACCACCUACAAGUACAACGACGUUGUGUUUGGCGUGUUGCCAUACUUCCACAUCUAUGGCAUGGUGUUCUUCUUUGGUAUCAUGUUAAAGGUUGGCGUCAAGUCUGUGAUCGUGCCACGAUUCGAGCCCAACUCCUACCUCAAGCUCAUCCAGACACACAUGGUCACGAUCUCAUUUAUCGCGCCACCUGUCGCCAUCUUCUUUGCCAAGAGUCCGUUGAUUGACAACUACGACCUCAGCUCACUGCGCACUUUGUUCUGUGGCGCGGCACCAUGCAGUGAUAAUGUUGAGAAUGCGAUCAAGCAGAGGUUCAAUGGACAGGUGAUCCUGAAGCAAGCGUACGGCCUGACUGAAGCCUCACCAGCGAUUGUUGUCACUCCAUACUCACUGAUCAAGUCUGGCGCCAGUGGCAAGAUCCUGCCAAACAUUGUGCUCAAGAUCCAGGAUCACGUGACCAAGGAGUUGAAGGAGGCUGGACAGAGCGGUGAGAUCUGUAUCAAGGGCCCCAACGUCAUGAAGGGCUACUACAAGAAUCCAAAGGCCACACAAGAGUUGUUUGAUCAAGAUGGAUUCCUGCACACUGGAGACAUUGGCCGCAUCGACCCCGAUGGAUACCUGUACCUGGAGGAUCGUGUCAAGGAGUUGAUCAAGUACAAGGGUUUCCAAGUGCCACCUGCCGAGUUGGAGGGUGUGCUGCUGCGCCACGAGUCCAUCCUUGAUUGCGCAGUCAUGGGUGUGCCAGACGAGGAGGCUGGCGAGCUGCCAAUUGCCUUUGUAGUGUUGAGACCCAAUAGCACGACGACCGAGGAACACAUACACGAAUGGUUCAAUCCCCAAGUGGCCUACUACAAGAAACUAAGAGGUGGCAUUCGAUUCAUUGAGCAAGUGCCCAAGUCUGCUGCUGGCAAGAUCCUCAGAAAGGAUCUGAGAACAAAGUAUAUUCAAUCUGCACUCUAA